AGAGCGAGAGAGAGAGCAGAAGAGCGAUAGAGUGUGGCGCGGUGUAAACAGCGUGUCAGAGAAGAAAGCACAGGGACAUUUUAACCUGACUGCACACAGGCACAGAGCUUACUGUAGGGGAGAACAAUCAGCAGAGAGAAACGUGCAGAGAGAAAAGGGAAAAAGAGGGAGAAGCAGGAAGGAAAAAAAUGGUUUAAUUAAUUCAUGCAGAAGGGGAGGGAUGUUACCGCGAUUCAGUGGAGGGUCUUUGCUACCACGACCGACCAGGCUGUCUUUAACAGCCUUCUCAUAGGAGACAGCGCUUCAGGAACGCAUACACACACACACACACAGACGCGCUGGCACGCAAACACGCACAGAUGCACAUGCGCGCCUAAACACACACACACACGCACAGUCUCUCUCUCUCUCUCUCCCUCCCUCUCCCCAUGCUCUGCUCGGAGGAAGCUGGUACUUUCACAUCAACACGAGGAGCAGACAUCGUCACUGAGGUUAACGGAGAGAUUAUCAGGCUCAGCUGUGAGCUCCCAGGUGCAUCAGACAGCUCUCCCUGCAUGCCUCUGGCAGACGCGGCUGUGAGCCAGCAGCACGUCAUCCUCCAGCCUCCACCUGCCACCCGGAACCCGGAACCUCCUCUUCCUCUUCCUCUUCCUCUUCCUCAUCAUCACCUUCUCCUGUGAUCCCUCGACCUGCCACUAGGCCUGCACCUCCUCCUCUCCCUCCCCUCCUCCUUACUCCACUCUCCUCCCGGAGAGUGUCCUUGGCACAUUGUACCUCCGCUGUCAUCCCUCGACACCACCACCCAGCCUGUCGCUCUUCCUCCUCGUCACCAUCUUCCUCAUCGUCACCUUCCUCCCCCCUCCUAGUGCUGGCCAGAGACUAACCUUGGCACUCACACCUCUCUUCGGACAUCGCCAUCUACCUUCCUCAUCGUCAUCUUCCUCCCCCUCUUCCUCCUCCUCACCGUCAUCUUCCUCUUCCCAUCCCUUUUCAUCCUGCUGGCCGUAGGAUGACCUUGGCACGCGUGCUCUACCUCUCCUCCGAUCUGUAUUGAGGCCGGCAGGCAGGGGAUCCAUCCAUCCAUCCAUCCAUUCAUCCAUCCAUCCAUCCUGCUCCUCCUCCUCCUCCUCCUGCUCCUCCUCCUCUUCAGAUGAGCCGUGCCCUCCCCCAGUUCAGUGGGCAGGGAGUCGAGAUGUGGCCCGCGUGGCUCAGAGGGCCCUCAGCAGCAGCAGCAGCAGCUCACCUGAACGAGGGAUAACCACUGACCAUCACCUGCACUGCUCUCUCUCACUCACACACUGACACACACACACACACACACACACACACACACACACACACACACACACACACACACACACACACACACACACACACACACACACACACACACACACACACACACACACACUGACAAUAAACACACUCCCUCUCACUGAAAGUGCACAGCAUAUACAGUAUCACAUGACUGCACCAUAUGACGGCACACUCAUAGAACUCAAGGACAUACAUUGACGCGAACAUAUAGCUACACCCAUCCACCCACGUCCGCCCAAACACGCGCACACACACACACGCGCACACACACACACACACACACACACACACACACACACACACACACACACACACACACACACACACACACACACACACACACACACACACACACACACACACACACACACACACACACACACACACACACACGCAGUGUGAGAUGGGGGACUGCAGCUGGGUGUGUUUGAGCCCGGGAGAGUUCGCUCAGCUGCAACAGUACAGUGAGUACUCCACGAAGAAGUUGAAGGAUGUCCUGGAGGAGUUCCAUGGCAACGGCGUCCUCUCCAAGUACAACCCAGAGCAGCCCAUCGACUAUGAGGGAUUCCAGCUCUUCAUGGCCACGUAUCUGGAGAACGACAUUCCCGAGGACCUGUGCCAGCACCUCUUCACGUCCUUCAAGAGCAAGACAGGUGGGGGGUGCUCGCCGGAGGUGCCCCGCGCCGGUGUCAGCCUGCUGGGGAUGAAUGGGAAAAGCAUCUUGUCUGCCAUGGGAAGGCACAACACCCCGGAGCACUCCUGCAGUGCUGCCCAGACGCCGGGCUCCACCACGGGGGCCACCACUUCGCCCUGCUCCUCCCGCUCCUCGUCGCAGCGCUCAGGGACCGGGGGCCACACGCCCAAGGGCCACAGCCACAGCCGCUCCCCCUGCCAGUCCAAAGCAGCGGCGGGGGCCAGCAGCUGUAAUGCUUUAGCCCCUACCAAGAGCACGCCGUCCCCUCGGCUCUCUCCUGAGCGGAUGCCGAGUGAGAACUGUGCCUCCCUGAAGAGGAGCCCCUCGUCCCAGAGGGGCGGCUCCCCCCUGCCCUCCCCUCAGGUGGUCUUCCUCAAGGACAUCGUAUGCUACCUGUCGCUCCUGGAGAGGGGCACGCCCGAAGACAAACUGGAGUUUAUGUUCCGGCUCUACGACACGGAUGGAAACGGUUCACUUGACAGCUCGGAAGUGGACCGCAUCAUCAAUCAAAUGGUCCACGUAGCAGAGUAUCUGGAGUGGGACUCCACAGAGCUGCGGCCAAUCCUGAAGGAUAUGAUGGAGGAGAUAGAUUUUGACAGAGACGGGACGGUGACCCUGGAGGAGUGGAUAAGAGGAGGGAUGACCACCAUACCCCUCCUGGUGCUACUGGGCAUGGAGACGAAUGACCAGGAGGAUGGGCAGCACGUAUGGAGACUGAAGCACUUCAAUAAGCCGGCCUACUGUAACUUUUGCCAGACAAUGCUCCUGGGGGUCCGCAAGCAAGGCCUCUGUUGCUCCUUAUGCAAGUACACAGUACACGAGCGCUGUGUGGCCAAAGACAUCGCCGCCUGCAUCAGCACCUACGCAAAGUCCCGUAGAGACACCAACGCUAUGCAGCAUGUGUGGAUGCAAGGGAACUCGCCCACCAAAUGUGACCGUUGCCACAGGAGUAUAAAAUGCUACCAGGGCCUGAACGGCAUGCACUGUGUCUGGUGUCAGAUCACGCUCCAUAAUAAGUGUGCCUCCAACAUGAAGGCUGAAUGUGACGGCGGGGCUUUAAGAGAUCACACACUCCUGCCCUCCUACAUCUGCCCAGUUGUCCUGGACCGACACUCUGUGGUAAAGCGUGGUGAGAGUGAGUCUCCACCAAGCACCAGUCCCGAUGACUCAAGUCAGUGCUUCAAAUUCACAGGAGAUGGUCAGACGCUUCAGAUCACUCCUCUCCCGGGGACCCAUCCCUUGCUGGUGCUGGUGAACCCAAAGAGUGGUGGGCGGCAGGGAGAGAGGGUGCUACGGAAGUUCCGGUAUCUGCUGAACCCCCGACAGGUCUACAGUCUGGAGCAGGGAGGGCCCAUGGUGGGGCUGAACUUCUUCCGAGAUGUCCCAGACUUCCGCGUGCUGGCCUGUGGUGGUGACGGGACAGUGGGCUGGAUCCUGGACUGCAUCGAUAAAGCCAACUUUGCCAGACAUCCACCUGUCGCCAUCCUCCCCCUGGGCACUGGGAACGACCUGGCCAGGUGUCUGCGCUGGGGUGGAGGCUACGAGGGCGGCAGCCUGCUGAAGGUGCUAAAGGACAUUGAGCACAGCACGGACAUGGUGCUGGACCGCUGGACCAUCGACAUCAUCCCUGACGACAAGGAGGAGAGAGGCGACCCCGUCCCAUACAGCAUCGUCAACAACUACUUCUCCAUCGGAGUGGACGCUUCCAUAGCACAUCGAUUCCACCUGAUGAGAGAGAAGCACCCAGAGAAGUUCAACAGCAGGAUGAAGAACAAGCUUUGGUAUUUCGAGUUUGGCACCACGGAGACAAUCUCUGCUACGUGCAAGAAGCUUAAUGAAUGCAUCGAGGUGGAGUGUGACGGCUCGUUGCUGGACAUCAGCAACACGUCGCUGGAGGGCAUCGCGGUGCUCAACAUUCCCAGCAUGCACGGCGGCUCCAACCUGUGGGGCGAGACCAAGAAGCGCCGCAACUACAACCGCAUGAGCAAGAAGGUUCCGGAACGCAUGCCGGCCAGCACCAUCACCGACGCCAAGGAACUCAAGUUCUGCGUCCAGGAUGUGAGUGACCAGCUGCUGGAGGUGGUUGGUUUGGAGGGCGCCAUAGAGAUGGGCCAGAUCUACACGGGCCUCAAGAGUGCUGGACGCCGCCUCGCACAGUGUGCCAGCGUCACUAUCAGGACGUCGCGUCUCCUGCCCAUGCAGAUCGACGGAGAGCCUUGGAUGCAGCCCCCAUGCACGGUGCGAAUCACCCAUAAAAACCAGGUGCCCAUGUUGCUUGGUCCUCCACAGAGGACACCUUUCUUCUUCUUCAAGAGGCGCAACAAGAGUCGGGAUUGAAAAGGGCUGACUUUAAUCAGAACAGAAGAGUCACUUGGCAUCACACAAACUCACAAAUUCACAAAAGAAAUCUCACAACAUCCACAAAUGAACACAGUGCUUAUCAAUUCUGUCCCCUGAACUUGAACCUUAAAGGAAACGGGACUGGGAUAUCUUUAUAACUUUGUGGACAGACUAACUUGCAACAGAAAAUCAAACAGAUUACAGAGUUUAUCAAGCGUACAGUAGAUGACUGAAGACCAGGUUCACACUGUUCUCCAUUCUCAAGUCCCCGUGUUUCUAACUACUUUGGCUUCCAGCCACUGAACUGUAACACCACUCCUCUCCUGACCCAACAACAAGCCACCCGCACCCCCAACUCCACCCCACCCCACCUCAACUCUACCCCCACCCGAAGUUGUCACCAGGCUAGCGUUACCACCUCGCUACCCUCCUCUCAAACGACCACCCAGCUCCCUUGUCCCAAACAGCUAUCAGUAUAGUAUUGUAUGGAACUGCUCCAGGGCCAGAAGAGGCUCCUCACAAACUACUGCCAAAGCCAAGAGUAUGAGGACUGAAGACCCAAGUGAAGGAACAGGACUAUGAAAAAUGAAGAGCAGGCGAUGAAGAACGUCAGAGUGGGAGAUCACGUGGAGAAAAUAAAAUAGUUAAAAGGUUUUGCCAAACGAACCUCAAAGUGGAAAAGUACUGUAUGGAGCAGUGACACAGAAAAUAAGAUAAAGGGUUAAUUUUGUUUUGAUUAUCAUAAAGUUUUGAAUUUGGCAUCGUAACAGUUUAGCAGGAGCGGGACUGGAGGAGCCCUAACAGACGUCAUAGCGGGCCCCAGCGACAGCCCUGACUGGGCUAUUGGAACAACACCGACAACAAGCCUCCUCUCCUCUCCUCUCCUCUCCUCUCCUCUCCUCUC